AAAUCAGUCACAAAUUAGUUUUCAAAUUUAAAGUUAAAUUUCUAUGCAAAUAUUUAUUUGUAUGUUUGUUCUUAUAUUUUUUUAUUUCUCAAUAGUGUUAUCAAGUUAAUAGUAUAUCAAGAGAAUAAUAUCAUAUUUGUGUGUAGUUGAUAUAACUUCGAGCUGACAGAUAUAAACAUAAUAAUGCAUCGAAGUAUAGGAAAACGAAUUCGCAUGGAUGAUCCUCCUCCUAUGGAAUAUGAUAUACCAUCUACACCAGGAAGUUCUAUUCAUCCAAGUCCUAUGACACCUAGCCGCUCAGACUAUCAAGAACAUUACAAUCCAUAUGCAAAUUAUCAUAAUGUUCAGACACCAAGUUCUGAAAUCUUUAGAAUGAAUAGUUUUCAAGAACCUGGAAUAUUAGACAAUCAUUGUGAACCAGCUCUUCAACAGGCUCAACAAUCCCAAUCUAUGAUGACUUAUGAAACAGCUCCUCCACAUGUUUCUCCGUCUAUGCACGAUGAAAUUAAUAUGCAAGAUCAUCAAUCUACUCAAAUGCCUGUGAAUGAUGCAAUGUCCAAUUUAAAUUUAGAAAAUCAAAUUCCAUCAACUAGUGGUGGUAUUGUUGAUUCGCCUAGUGGUGGCCGAGUCACCAGAGCCAGAACUAGGGGAGCACAAUAUCCUCCUCAAAGAUCUACUAUGUCACCAUCACCACCUCCAGAAAAGAAACCAGAAAAGCGUAAACCUGGACGACCUCCUGGUAGACCCGCGGGAUCAAAAAAACAGCCUGUUCAAAUACAACCUGUUGAUUUACAAGUUGAAAAUGAUGGAACAUUGUAUGGUGCCAUUAGAAAUGGUCGCAUUUCUUUACAGGUAACUGUUGAUGAUUGGAUUGAACAGUAUAAAAUAAAUAGAGAUGAAGCACUUUUAGUAUUGAUGCAAUUCUUUAUCAAUGCUGCUGGUUGUAAAGGUGUCAUUACACCAAAUAUGUCAGAAACUAUGGAGCAUGCUGCUAUAAUUAGAAAAAUGACAGAAGAAUUUGAUGAAGAAAGUGGUGAAUAUCCUCUUAUUAUGAGUGGUAUCCAAUGGAAAAAAUUUCGAUCUAAUUUUUGUGAUUUUGUUGGUCAUCUUGUUAAACAAUGUCAAUAUUCUAUUAUAUAUGAUCAGUAUUUAAUGGAUAAUAUGAUAUCACUUUUAACUGGUUUAUCAGAUUCGCAAGUUAGAGCAUUUCGACAUACAGCUACGCUUGCUGCAAUGAAACUAAUGACUGCUUUGGUGGAUGUUGCACUAAUUGUUUCUGUCAAUUUGGAUAAUACUCAACGUCAAUAUGAAGCAGAACGUCAAAAAGCUAGAGAUAAAAGAGCUAGUGACCGUUUAGAAACUCUAAUGGCCAAACGACAAGAACUUGAAGAAAAUAUGGAUGAAAUUAAAAAUAUGUUGACGUAUAUGUUUAAAUCUGUGUUUGUUCACAGAUAUAGAGAUACUUUACCUGAGAUCAGAGCUAUAUGUAUGGCAGAAAUAGGUGUUUGGAUGAAAAAAUUCCAUCAAAAUUUUUUGGAUGAUUCUUAUUUAAAGUACAUUGGUUGGACUUUACAUGACAAAGUUGGAGAAGUACGAUUAAAAUGUUUACAGGCAUUACAACCUUUAUAUGCCUCUGAAGACUUAAAAAGUAAGUUGGAACUGUUCACCAGUAAAUUUAAGGAUAGAAUUGUUGCAAUGACAUUAGAUAAAGAAUAUGAUGUUGCUGUUCAAGCUGUCAGAUUAGUUAUCAGUAUUUUAAAGCAUCAUCGUGAUAUCUUAUCAGAUAAAGAUUGUGAACAUGUAUAUGAACUUGUUUAUUCUUCACAUCGUGCUGUAGCUCAAGCUGCUGGAGAGUUUUUAAAUGAACGUUUAUUCAAACCUGAAGAAGAUACAAAAACCAUAAGGACAAAACGAGGAAAAAAACGUUUACCAAAUACACCAUUAAUAAGGGAUUUAGUUCAGUUUUUCAUUGAAUCAGAAUUGCAUGAACAUGGAGCCUAUUUGGUUGAUUCACUUAUUGACUCUAAUGAAAUGAUGAAAGAUUGGGAAUGUAUGACUGAUUUAUUGUUAGAAGAGCCUGGUUUAAGUGAAGAAAAAAUGGAUGAUCGACAAGAAACUAGUUUAAUUGAAUUGAUGGUCUGUUGUAUUAAACAGGCAGCAACUGGUGAGGCACCAGUUGGCCGAGGCCCAAAUAGAAAAAUGAUGUCUGUAAAAGAAAUAAAACAAGUGCAGGAUGACAAACAAAGGCUAACUGAACAUUUUAUAAAAGUAUUGCCUCCAUUAAUCGAUAAAUAUAGAGCCGACGCAGACAAACUAAUUAAUCUGUUAUCUAUACCUCAAUAUUUUGAUUUAGAUAUUUAUACAACAUCUAGACAAGAGUCUAAUUUGGAUUUAUUACUUAAAAAAAUUCAUUUGGUUACUGAUAAACAUCAAAAUGAUGAAGUUCUUGAAACUUGUGCCAAAACAUUAGAAAUACUUUGUUUGAAAAACAAUUCUACAUUAGCUACCAGGUGUAGUGUUCAAAAAAGUACCUUGAUGGAUACUAUCACUAACAAACAUAGAGAAGCUAUGGAUGAUUGGAAUAAUCUUAUUGAAGGAAAUGAGAAACCUGAUGAUGAUGAAAUCUAUAAUGUCGUUAAUAGUAUAAAGAAAAUUUCCAUAUUUUAUUCAUGCCAUAACUUAGGACCAUGGAGUUUGUGGGAUAUUAUAUUUAAAGAUUUAAAAAUGGCUCAUGAAGGAUCAAAACCUUUGCCAGAAGAAGCUAUCAAGUAUAGUAUUUCUGCAUGUAUGUUUGCAACAAUGUGGGAACUAAACAGCAUUGAAAAUAUUUUGGAAAAUGGACGUAAUGAAGAUAUUGAAGAGCAAGUAAUGCAGGUUAAAACUAAACUCUUUGAUUUUAUGGAUGUUCUACGUGGAAUUUUGGCGCAUUCAGCUAAUCCUAUAUUUAAAGAAGAGGCUUAUAUAUCAAUAUGUGAUUUACUUGUUGUAUUUUGUAAUCAGUUGGGUGUUAAACACUAUCCGGUUUUGGGAAAUCUAGUUUAUGAUUCUGACAAAGAACUGCAGGAUCUAUUAAAUAAUUUUAUUCAGAAAAAUGUAUUUGUAUAUGAAGAAGAAGGUGUUCAAGAUGAACAUUCAAAAAUUGAAGAAUUACAUAAAAGAAGAAACUUUUUAGCAUCUUAUUGUAAACUAAUUGUGUAUGGAAUGAUUCCUGUUACAUGUGCAGCGGAUAUAUUUAAGCAUUACGUCAAAUCUUAUAAUGAAUAUGGAGAUAUAAUUAAAACAACAAUUGGAAAAGCCCGUGAAAUUAAUAAAGUAAUCUGUGCUAGAACUAUGGUAGUAAGUUUAAUUACAUCAUUUAGAGAACAACAAAUAAACUGUGGUACAUUUCGUAUAUCGAGAUCUUCCCAAGAGUUCAGCAGUUUAAAGGAGUUAGCUAAAAGAUUUGCUUUAUCAUUUGGAUUGGAUGCAUUAAAAAAUCGUGAGGCAAUGGCAGCUUUACACCGUGAAGGUGUUUUAUUCGCUGUAGGAACUGAUGAAGGAAUUGUCCAAGAUGAUCCAUCAGUACCACCUCCACAUGUUGCAUUUUUGGAAAUAUUAGCUGAAUUUACCAACAAACUUCUUAAACAAGAUAAACGCAUAGUUCUCAACUAUUUGGAUAAACACAUAACAUCAGCAGUCCCCUCUAGUCGUAGUGAAGAUUGGCAACCUUGGGUAAUAUAUAGAAACAGCUUAAUGCAUGGUGAUGCUGAACCUGGACCAAUAACUUCCCGAAGGGCAUACACACGUAGAAAUAAAAAAGAAACUUAUGAUGAUGAAGAUGAUGAAGGGUCAGAUCAAGAUUUCGGAGCCCCAGUUGUCCAAAGUGAAGCACCAAUAAAGAAGAGACGAUCAAAGAUAAUCAAGUCAUUACGAUUCCAAGAUAGUAGUCGCUCAGAAUUGCAUUCUGAUGAAACAAAUUAUUCUGAUAGUACUGGAGCAGGAGGAUCUAGACCAACACGUCAAUGUAUAAAUCGUUCAAUUCCAUAUCGUUAUAUCCAAGAAGAUGAUGAAGAUGAUGAAUGAAAUUAAAUUAAUAUAUGUAUAUUAAUUUGUAUUUGAAAU